GUGGAAAGUCUGGGGGUCCCUGAGAACCAGGUUGGGAAACACUAUUCUAAACACUUUCUUUUUGUUAGUCAAUCAGUUCAUAUGAGGGAGGGGGCUCGUGUGGUAGGUGUUAUUUAUUAUCCUGGGCAACAAAGAUCCCCCUCCUUGCUAUAACUUGCUAUAAUCUUCUCUUCUCUUCUCUUCUCUUCUCUUCUCUUCUCUUCUCUUCUCUUCUCUUAAUGUGCUCCAUAUACUGUAAGUUAUUCUGGACACCCUCACUGUACAUAUUUAUUAAUGAAAAUUACAAACACAUUUUGUAUAAUACACAAAUACAUUUUUGUUAAUGUCAAAAUAUUACAAGUAUGCACCCUAUGAUUGAACUAUUGUGGUCAACAAAGUUAACACAUUCCAAUACCGUGUGACCUAUAAUGAAAUGAGACCAAUGCAUGUUAAAAAUUAUAGAAUUAUUGUAGAAUCUCUUUAAGUGUACCUGCAGUGUGGCAAAUUUAGGUUGCCUUUAAGAUAAUUGAUUAUUGCAUUAUUGCAGCUUCACUCUUUGGAUUGUUAUCAAUUAAGUGAAUACAAGAAUACAUUUAGAUGGAACUGAAAAAGAGUAGACCUAUUUUAUGACUAAAUGUAUACAUGCAAUUUACUGAGCUUUUAGUAAUAACAUGCUUUUGAAUAUUUAAAUAAAAUUAAAACUUAUUGGAUGACAUCAAGAACAACAACUUUAUAUAGCUCGUAUCUGCCUAUUCACUUAGAUUGUGAGACUACCUGGGUGAAAAAAGCAGGGUUGAGCUUUAUCUCAGUGUUUUCUUUAGAAUAGAGGUCAGCGGUGUUGUAUCUUCAGCCGUGAAAGUGCAAGGGUUUGUUAUCUGCUGCUCACUGAGCUCUGAACGAGAGUUUGAAUCGGUUUUUCAAUGAAAGAUAAUCAACAGUGCACGCCAGCCCUUCACUACUACGAAUUUGUCCUUUUUCAUGCGACUGAGGUUUCUCUGAAAUGUUAUGCCUCAUAACGAUACAAAGUAAUAUACAUUAAUAUAAACAAUAGCUUUACACACGCACGAUAAAAAUGAACACUUCUCGCUUCUUAUGACAUGCAUUAUAGUCAGUCCUCUUUUCCAUUUUCACUAAGAAUGAAAAUGGGAAUGAGGGACUUGAGCAGAGUGUCCUCAGUGAACGGCAGGAGAGUUCACAGCCAGGUAUUUAUGGCAGCAGCACAGGUAUGGGGGGGGAGGGGCAUUUAAAUCAUUAUCCAAGAUUAGGACAUGCUUUUCGUCUUGGGAGACAGCAAAGAAGCAGCAGAUGCCUAUGUACAGUAUGUAGCCGAGCUAAGCUGCAUGAAGGUGAAUUUUCUCAAGUGAAGCCCAGCCCAAUGAGAGGAAGGUAGCACGUACGUCUGGUCCACUGCUGAACAUGAGAAUUUAUGUUGGGGAUGGGAUGUUGGGGAUGGGAUGGUGGGGAUGUACAAACACAAAGAUUAGUCACCAUGACCUUUAAACAAGCUAUCACAGUCACUAUUCUGAACGUUGCGGACAAAAACAAACAAAAGCUAACUGUGGACUACUGACUUGCGUAAUGUAUCGUUUGCUUAGGGAGGCAAAAAAGAUCAACCCCACCUACAGUAUAAGGAAGGGAACAACGGGUUUCAGUAUUCUGAUGCAGACGGUUCCUUACUCUUAUUUUCUGAACUUUUUUAAUUUCAUGUUUGGGUAGCGUCAUUUCCGUAUUUGCUUUAUUCGCUAUCUUAUGUACAACAGGCUAAUAACUACUAUGAUUAGGUUUUCAUAUUUUUGUGUGAUUAAACUUCUUUUGUUGUGAGUAUACCAGAGGACCUACACCUGUGAAUAUAUGCUGCACAUUAACAUUAGGACGGCCAAACAAAAUGCAGCGUCUUAGUUGCUUUUGGUAAUCUGUUAAACAAAUAAAGAAUGUAAAUGUGUUCCUUUUUUUGGGGGGGGGGACAAAAUAUGCUAAUGUUUGCGAAAAAUAGUUGUAGGAUAUUGCGUCGGAGAGCAUCCAACGUCAAACAUAUCAGAUUAAAUCCAGCAGAGCAUCCUGGGUAUGAACCGGAACACAAAAUUAGGACAAGGCGCACGAUGACCCUGUUUGGUAGUGAGGCUUAUCGACGUCUAAUAGUGCUACAAAUGCCACAAGUGAAAAGGUUCCAUAAUGCACUCAAACACUUUGUUAAGGCCAAAAGUUUCUAUGUAACUUCGCAAGAUCCGUUACAUUUGGUGAAAUUGUAUAAUACAGUUUUGGCUUGGUUUUCCAGUUCAAAAGAUUUGAUACACAUGUCAAUAAUAAUAAUAAUAAUAAUAAUAAUAAUAAUAAUAAUAAUUUGUAAAUAUGCAGAUGAAAUGGCCCAGACUGUAUUUCGCAGUCAAACCUAGUGUGAUCCGCAUGUAAAAUACCCGGUGAUGACGCUGUAUUGUCCUUUCCUGCAAUGAAUAGCCUCUUUGUGCUGGUACUGCAAAGAUUAGUAAAUGCAAAAAACAGAAAGAUUUGAAACUGAUAAGGCCACAAAACGGUCCAGCAGUUUGACACUGAUAAGACUGAGGUGUUAGCACAGCGGCUUUCUUGCAUUCCGACUAAUUGCAUUUGAAAUAUGGUGUUUCUGAAGUGCAAUCUGCAGAGGGAUGGGUGUAAUACUGCAGUGUUGAUGAAAGCAAGUGAAGAAUUCUAAGACUUUCUACUUGGUUCAGUGUUAAACAUUUACACAUUUAACUUUAGGAGGAAUUUUAAGAGAACUAUUUCCUUUGGCUUACAAUGCCAUGUUUCAACCUUUGUUACAGUUUUCUCAGUAUUUUAAUUAUGUACAGUACUAUUGGUGCAAAACUAUGAUGUUAUGCCUGUCAAAGUGUGUCAGCUUAGCCAUUUCAACUCUGCUAAAAUCACCCCAGCAUUUACAGCAACCAUUCAAUACACCCAUGAUUUUUUUUACUCAACCACUAGCAGACAUUGUAUAGCUAAUCAAUAUUUUACUUUUUAAAUUAAUUUAAAUUUGCAUAUGCUCUAAUGCUAAAUUGUGCUUUUCUGUUCUAAGCCAAAAUGCACUUACUACACAGAUAACAUUUCUUUUGACUGCCUAAGACUUUUGCACAGUACUGUAACAGUAUAAUCUAAACUCAUAUUGUGUGUGUGUGGGUGUGGGUGGGUGAGAGAGAGAGAGAAAGAGAGAGAGAGAGUGUGUGUGUUUAAAUCUCUAUGUUUAUGUUUGGUCACAUUUGAAAAGGGAGGUCAAUGCAGUGACAAGCUUGGCUUUAAAAGAAGAGCAAAGAUUCUACUACCAAAAGGACUGGAGACAAAUGAUUAAAGUGUUUGGCCUGGAGCAAAAUGGAAAAGCUCAGAGAGAAGCUUACAAGAUGUGCUGAUUUUAAGAUCUGAAGGUUUUUAUUAAUGCUGUUGCAGCCCAAUGUCCUGAAGUCUUUUCGUGUUUUUGAGCUGUAGGAUUCAUUCUUUAAUAGUUCGCGUUAAGAAUUCAUGAUGUUUUAGUAACUCUUUUUGACUUUGUCCCUUAUGUCAAAGCCAAAUUUAUCACAUACUCUACAGUAUGUUACCUCAACAGUAAGAGCUAAAACUUUCCACAGGACCAAUCACGCCGUUGGAUUUUGUGUUCAAAUUCCCUUCACCUUUCAGCCCCUUCACUCUCCUAAACAUGCUGGUCAUAUUGGCAUCCGUAACAACAUUCCAUAUAAUAUCAACUGUACUUCUCUUCGUUUCGACAAUAAGCAAUGCUUGGUGGGUGUCUGGAAAUGUCUAUGUUGGUCUUUGGUUUGCCUGCAACAGCACCUGCUUUCCUGUCAUCAACAGUGAAUCGAAAGGAUAUCUUCAGGCUGUCCAGACCACCAUGAUACUGGCUACCAUAUUGUGCUGCGUGGGAUUUAUUGUAUUCAUCCUUCAGCUUUUCCGUCUAAAACAAGGAGAGAGAUUUGUUAUUACCUCCCUUGUCCAGCUGGUCUCUGCAUUCUUUAUUAUGAUUGGAGCCUCAGUUUACACCGCACAGCAUGGGAACUUCCAGGCGAAGUCAUUCAAAGAUGGGAAUUAUGGUUACUCAUUUGUCCUAGCGUGGAUCGCUCUCCCAGUCACCGUGAUCAAUGGGUUAAUGUACGCAUUCCUCAGAAAGUGUAAAUAGGACACUCAUGCCUGUAGCAAGCAACAAACAUUUACUGCUGUGUGUGUAUUGUCCUGUAGAUUGAGUUUCUUGGUGUACAGGCAUAGUAGCCAGUGAGAUUGGAUAAAUAAUCCAAUAAAUGGAGCUGUUUUGUAUUUUGUAUUGAAUUAAAGGGCACGACAUCAUCACCUACAUCAGAUCAGUCUAAUCAAUCUACUAGAAGAGGGGUGGCAGACCUGAUCCAUGGAGAGCCUCUGUGGAUGCAGGAUUUUGGGAUGACCUCUCAAUCAGCCAAUAACAGUAGGUCCCCAGGACUGGAAUUGAGAACCACUGCUCUUUAUUGGCUGAUUGAGAGGCCAUCCCCAAAACCCGCACCCACACCGGCCCUCCAUGGAUCAUGUUCACCACCCCGGUACAAGAAUGAGUGGGUGUGCCCAGAUUCCAUAACUCCAACAGAGACACUUUUUUGUAUGUCAUACAUAUUUGUUAUUUAUGUAUGUAUAAAUAGUAAUGGCUUGUAAUGAAAUUUGUUGGUCUACACAGCCGAACUCUAAAAUGUAUUAAUGUUCAUGCUACUGCUAUUCAAAAAAUGUUCUUUUUUUAUCACACAAGGAAUUCAUAACU